CAGUUUGCGAUUUAAGCAUGUUUUACAGAAUCAAAGCAGAAGAAAGAGAUCACAAAACAAACGAUCACAACAACAGCAAAAUAAGAUAUUAUGGCCAACGAAAACAAGCUGGAGAUUGCCAAGCUGGAUGUGAGGGAGUAUAGACCGGAGGAAAUCUCCUUCAAAGUGGAAAACGGAUUUGUGAAAGUGCAAGGCAGACAUGUGAACGAGGGGCCAUUUGGGUUUGAGCUGAAAGAGUUCAGACGCACAUUUGCUCUGCCUGAAGGAGUCGAGGCGAGCAAUGUGAAAACUCGAAUCUCCAACUAUGGACAACUACACAUAGAGGCGAUGAAAGCACUACCAGGACCAGACGGCGGAGAGGAAGAAAGCAAGGGCGACGACAAGUUUAGUAUGGCAAUGGACGUAACGGGUUUCCCUCCAGACAGCAUCAAGGUCCAAGUUCUCGGUAACGAGUUGCUGGUGUCUGCAAACCACGAAGUUGAACACGAAGGACAUUACCAUGCCAUGCACUUCAAUCGCCAGUUCGUACUGCCGAGAGAGGUCGACAUGGACUCACUCACUACUCGCCUUGAUAAGGAAGGCAAGCUGCACUUUGAGGCGAAGAAAAGGAAUGCUCCGGCGUUACCGCCAGUCCGAGAGCUGAAGGUUCUCAAGGAUAAGUAGAGAGUGAAACACAAACAUUAUUGAGAUGGGUAAACUACUGGACUAUUACCUAAUCAGACCAAACAUUCUCGAAAAGGUGUAAACGAAAAUAUUGUAGACACAACUAAUUAUUGAAAACUGUUAAACUAAACUAGAAAUUGAUCUGGCUUGAAUUUUUUUUAAUCUGUUGUAUAAAUCUUGUUGUCUGUGUAUUUCUUUUGUAGUUUUCACGUAUACAUAUAUUGUACGCAGACAGGAGUAAGGGUGGAAGCCUUGCGCAUUUCAGCGAGCCCUUCUGCCUUCCCGACACAAUAAAACAAAACUCUUUUUUUGGUAAUGCCAGAAGAAUUGUAAUUAAUAACGAAUUAAAAGAGGUUAAGAAUAAAA